UCCUUGCGGUGGAAAAGAUGACAAUCUCUCUACAGAUUCGAGCUGUUCACGUUGAAACAUGAUAUCCGUUUUCGAAAGCACGUGGCAUCGCGCGAGCACGUUUCUUUUUUUCACCUGGACCAUGUGAUUGUCGAGCUUGUGUCGAUAAUGUGUCUCAGGGACGGGAGAGAUGAUACUCCCCGGAUGAUGUGAUGCGACGGGAUGAUACGGAUGAGACACGAUGCGCUUGAUUAGAGCGUACGACUAAUUGCACCCGCGGAAACUCGCAUGGCGUAUCGCAGGAGGGUGGCGAGAGUGGGAGGGCGCACUACGUCGUCCUCGGUAUUCGUGGGUCGCGAUGACGGCGGUGGUGGCUGAAAUGCCAGAGGGACAUUUUGAAAAUCUUUGGUUCGGCGCAUGCGUCCCGGUGUCUUCGACGUCCGAUGGUACACGAUGGAGUCGCCGUCGUCUUCGAACCGUUGUCACUAGAAGAAACGGUCCGCGCAGCUCGUGUCGCACCGAAUCCAGGAGGGAUUACACAUCUCCGGGGUGGUCGUAGACCCGACGAAUCGGUGUCGAGUAAUCAGUGAUAAUCAGUGCGCUGGUUCUCUCAAACGCGGCACGAGCCAUCCGCUCUCGUCUCGAUAGGAUCGAUAGCGAGAGAGAUCUUUCCAGAGAAGAGAGAUAGCUAGAGAAAGGAGCGCCACUUGUUCAAAAGAGAGGGAGAGAGAGUGUUCGAUCAAUUUUUCAAUGCGCGUUUCACAACGAGAUUGUAGGAGACGGACGAUCCCUAAAGUGAAUGUUCCAUGAGACUGAAUUCGAGUCGCGGCGAGAGAUGCCGGGCGAAAAUCGCGACCAGCUGUCAAGAGGCGAAGGCGCAGAAGGAGAGGGAGGAGAUGGUGGCGGAAGUGCUCCAGGACGCAGAGAGUUCUCGAGAGGCGAGCCGGAUCUUCGUAAUCGUAGCGGACUGACCGCUACGAUGAUCCCGCUUCUACGCACUGGCCAGUUCUCGUCCGCCUCGCAAAAUCAGAAGAUCGCGAAAACGGAGAAAAAUCGGCAGAAACUGACUAUGGAGAGCCGCGGCACCGCCGCCGCUGCCGCCGACGUCCUCGACAAGGAACGAAGGAUUGGCAUACGGGAGGAGGAGACACUGCAAACUAAUUGGCGCACAUUAGCCGCCAAUCGCUCGGCUAUCCCGCGAUUCGCCGAGGAAUUCGGCGGUUUGCAUCGAAAUGGAAAGGAGAACGCGGAAACUUGCCGGGAUAGACCGCGCGCGACGGAGGGUCGCGUGUCGUCGUGCGGCUCGUCGUCGGCAAUAGCGGCGGCGGCGGCGGCGGCGGCGGCGGGCAUCGGGGUGGAAGGCGUCACCGGCGCAUGGAGCGCACAGAGAGGACGGCAGUCGCCGCCACCACCCCUGGCAUCGCGCAGGCUGGACUCGGCCUCUGACGCCGCAGCGGCGUCGUUCAACCCCGUCGUCGUCGCCGCCACCACCGCCGCCGCCGCCGCCGCCGCCGCCGCCACGCAAAGAUGCGCCGCUGCGAAGGGCGCCGUCGCCGUCGAUGCCGCAGCGCCGAGGUCGCCGCAUAUUUACCUGGAUCCUCCUCUCGCCGCUGAGACCAGCAAGGAGGAUGCCAUGGAGCCGGAAACCAAGGAGGAGGACGAACGACGCUCGUCCACACCGAGUCCCGAGUUCUACCUGAGAAGGAGUAGACAUUACAACGAGGAUGGCAGCAGCGAGGAGGAAGCUAAGCAGGAUAGCGUUUCUCUGCCUAGCCAUAGGCUACCAUCUUCGUAUCGCGGAACGUGGCCCAUUAGAAGAGACGUAUGGGCUAAUCAACAGAUUGGCUUUCCGGCCCAGCAGAGCACAUCACUCGCCGCACACAAUGAUGUGGCCAGCGUGAUGAGUUUCUCGUCGUCGUCCAACUCCGCGGGUCUCGCAGGCAACUCCGCGGAGCUCCAGGGUCAUCGGCGACUAGGUGCCAAGGUGGAUGUGGUGUACAAUCUGUUGGGUAUGCUCGAGAAAAACGGCCGGGAUGACAUGAGCACGACCCUGCUCUCUAUGAGCACCUCCAUAGACAGCUGCUUAGUGAUGAGACAGUCCGGAUGCCUGCCGCUACUAAUACAACUGAUCCACGCGCCCGGACAGAGUCCUGACACUCGAGACAGAGCUAUGCAGGCUUUGCACAACAUGGUGCACGCCAAGAGCGACGAGAGGGCCGGUCGCCGGGAGGCGCGUGUGCUUCGAUUUCUUGAGCAGCUGCGUGACUAUUGUCAGAGUCUGAGGAUGUCCCUGGAACGGGAUCAGCUCGCGGAUGACCUCGAGAGGGGACACCCCGCGGCGACCAUAGCCGCGCUUAUGAAACUAUCCUUUGACGAGGCUCAUCGCCACGCGAUGUGUCAGUUGGGCGGUCUCCACGCGGUCGCGGAACUCAUCGAGAUGGAUCAUUUAGCUCACGGCAGCGAGAGCGACGAUCAGAACUGCAUCACGUUGCGACGGUAUGCAGGAAUGGCGUUGACCAAUUUGACCUUCGGCGACGGUAAUAACAAAGCGCUACUCUGCUCCUUCAAGGAAUUCAUGAAAGCGUUAGUUUCGCAAUUGAAAAGUCCCAGUGACGACCUCAGACAAGUAACGGCAAGCGUUCUGAGGAAUUUGUCCUGGCGCGCCGACAGCAGCAGCAAGCAGACUCUGAGAGAAGUGGGCGCGGUGACAGGUUUGAUGAAAGCCGCCAUGGAAGGCCGCAAGGAAUCGACUCUCAAGUCAAUCCUGUCCGCUCUGUGGAACCUAUCGGCCCACUGCAGUACAAACAAAGUAGACAUCUGCGCCGUGGACGGCGCGCUAGCUUUUCUCGUGGAUAUGCUAAGUUACAAGGCGCCGUCCAAGACGCUCGCGAUAGUCGAAAACGCCGGUGGUAUUCUGAGAAAUGUAUCAAGCCAUGUAGCGGUGCGCGAGGAUUAUCGAGCUAUCGUGAGAGAGAGAGGCUGUCUACAGGUUCUCCUGCAGCAGCUGAAAUCGCCCAGCCUGACCGUGGUUAGCAACGCCUGCGGAGCACUUUGGAAUUUGUCCGCGCGGUGUCCUCAAGAUCAACGUCUCCUUUGGGACUUGGGCGCCGUGCCGAUGUUGCGCAGUCUCGUUCACUCAAAGCAUAAAAUGAUCUCGAUGGGUUCUAGCGCGGCGUUGAAAAAUCUAUUGAGCGCCAGGCCCGGCUGUAACAAUCUCGUCCAUUUGGAUUCCACCGCUCGCGGACUAGGACUGUCGACCUUGCCGAGCCUGAUCACUCGCAGGCAGCGGGCUCUGGAGCAGGAGAUCGACCAGAAUCUGGCCGAGACGUGCGACAAUAUCGAACCGAGCACAUCGCCGAUUAACAAGGACGAUAAAUUCACAUUCAAGCUUGAUCACAGUCUCCUUGGCAUUAAUGCUCACGGCCUGCGUUCCUACCAGUUGCACAGUCAACCCAGCACGUCCACCGCCAAGUGCAACGGCGUCGCCAGGAGCGAGAGUAGAGAUUCGAUGCGUUCUGUGACGAGCACGCAUUCCGACACCAUGUUCGAGCGGAUAAAUCGUCAUGCUCUGAACGGGAUGUCGAAUACCGAUUCGCAGAUCAAGCAGCAAUCCUCAUCCUUGCAUUCUACCGUCGAAUUCGGUAACAAAGGCGUGUGUAGCGACGGGAGAACCACCACCUCCGAAAGGAAGUACACGUUGCGUUACAAAAACGCAAUACCGGAAAAGCUAGGACCGUCCGAUGUCUUCGAUAUAAACGAGCUGAAAUGCACAAAUUCUACCAUAUCGUGGGCCACAGUGCCUCAAGAAUCUUCUCAAAUCUCACUGCACUCUUCCAUCGAGAACAACAUGUCUCUGAUCGAUCGGAGCGUGUCGUCCUCGUCUAAGGCUGAUAGUCAAUCUAGUGUCUCUGAAGAGGUCGAAGCGACUGUUCGCGUUAAAUCGGAUUAUCGACGAGUAAUCGCAAGCGCGACCGUCGAUAGUUCGACGUUGUUACAUCAACACGACGCCUUGAACAGUAUUCAGAAAGCAAUAUCGCCCGCAACAAUCGUUCACAGUCCGGACGAUAAUUUAUUCGGCGAUUACGCCGAAACGGAUUUGGAUCAACCGACUGACUAUAGUCUGCGCUACGGCGAACAAACCAUCGACGACGAGAAACAACAUUCCGGCUUCUUUUCGGCCAACGAUCAAGGACUCCUGCACGAAGACACGGUCAGGACUUACUACACAGAGGGAACGCCGCGCGAAACAUCCCUGAACUCUUCCAGGGCCACUUCCGCUUCCGAUCUACAGGACGAUAGCCGUAUGAGGAGCUCAUCGAAAAAAUUACCAGAGCGAUAUAAGGCGAGGCAUGUGGGGGACGUCGGUGAAUGCAAAGCGUCGUCCUUGACAGACGUGCCGAAAUUGAACGACUUCGCCGAGUCUGAAACGGAGUUGAAUUUACAAAGUGUGACGCACCUCACGGACGAUGAAAGCGCGAAUCGUUCGUUACCGUACCUCCAGGGAGAUUUACGCAACAAGCACCUCAAAGGCAAUCGAGAAGACGCAAGCAUGCAAAGCCAUUCAAGUGUAAGAACGACGCCGAUUUCAAUGGUAUUGGGAAAUUCUGAAUAUAAUGACGAUCAUGAUGGGGAGUCCACUUCUAGGAUUAAUUGUCUAGAAUCAAAAUCAAAUAAUUGCAAAGUAAAUACAGAUUUACCAUCGAAUGACACUGAGCUCUCAUCUGGCAACACUGGUUUAAAGACUUCCAAUAAUGAUUCGGGAUAUCAAGUUAGCGACGGAGACGAUGAUGACGAGGAUUUAUUAGCCGCUUGUAUUAACAUUGGAAUGCAAAAUAAUCGGCAUAGACAUUCCUUCGUAGGAAAUAAUCUCGAAAAACUUCCUCGAUCGGAAACUAAUCUGACUCGAUAUCAAACUAAUCUUGCUUUGGAUCAAGUUGAACAUAAAGGAACUGUAGUGUCCGAUAGCUCAUCGUUUAACAUAAAAUAUGCAGAGUCACGUGGAAUCACAGCUGAAAACGUUUUGACAAAGAAGACUAGAGAAGACGUAAACGAGAAUAACGAAAAACUAUCCACCAGAAAUAUUCAACUAGAAACAACGGUAACGACAAACGUAAAUGAUGGAUGUGCGUGCAAUGAGAAAUCAAAUAAUACAACAGCCACGAAAACAGUAAAUGAUAGUAAUCUCGGCAAUAAUUUCUCGGAAGGAGCAAUAUCUGCAUUACAGAAAUCUAAUGUAUCGUUAGGUAUAAACAUUUCCAACGAUUUUGCCAUAACUGAUGAACGCGGCACAGAUUCCAAUGGCUCCGUUAAAGCAGACGAAGCAAUAACUGAUAUUCGGCUAGCAGAUAUACCAUCUAUGAAGCAAUCAAAAGAUUCCGAAAGCAGUGAGUCGAUCGAUUCUGUCGAGCAGUCUGAACAUGCGCUUUUAGAAUUAUGCAUUCAACCCGGGAUAAAAUCCGAGGGCAACAUCACUUUCAAUCCAAGUAAUGCAGAUUACGUGAAGUCGCAGCUGGAGUUAUACAACAAGCAAGUAGACUUCAUAAAGGGAACAAAUAAUGAUGAAACUGAGAUUGACGGUAACAUGAGUGGAAAGCCGGAAGUGACCUUCGAGAUCGUGAGGACCUCGGAUAUUCUGCAUCGUGACAGCGCGGAGAAGCAUAUAAAAGAAGAGACAUAUAGACGGCAGAGAGAUCCCGAUGCUAUGAUCGCUUCAUUAGAUCGAUUGACAGCAACGCUGGUUCAACAGACUGAAGCGAUACGCGAACGGGACUCCGGUACGAUGAAGCAGAGCCUGACGUGCGACACGUGGAAUGAGGAUUCGCCCAAUGACAUUUCCUUCCCCAGCAUCAGCAUGAGCGCACCGCUGGUUGCUUCGUUCAACAGCGAUGCGCAGGAAGAUCAGCGCACCACUAUAUCGGAGAACAACGAGCAGAUCAACAUGACGGAGUCGAAGAUCAUCCAGCGCGAGGCUAUCAAGCUGGCGGAAGCGGUGGAUGCAGAGGCGAACAAUCAGAACGAGCUCGAAAUAACGAGUCUGACGUCUAUUGAUCUCGAGACGAUCAAACCACCGUCCUCAAUGGGAAGUUUACUUUCGUUGACGGCAAGCUACACUGGCACUGCCGACAACACUGAGACAUUCAUUAACCGGGACAGGUGUUAUUCCACGUCGCUGCCACCGGCGCCGGUGAGAAGUUGCAAUGAUCCUCGCAACGUGCGAAAGAAGUCCUUGCCGGUCGGCGUGGUGGCCAAGCGAGCACUGGGUCAGAGUCAGAGCCACACGACUAGCUUGGAAAAUUUGCUGAACGAGUGCAGCAGUUCACAUUUGGAGAAUGUCAAGCCACCGUCCGCGAUGGAUGAACUGCCGGAUGCAGGUGAUAUGGAGAACAGCAUGUUGAGCGUGGCCAGUAUCACGUCGGAGAUCGCAGAUUCGAAGGAUCAGGAUUCGCACAGUCUGACCGGCAGCGAUCCGGUGUUUGAGAUGCUGAAGCCGGUCGCCAAUGUACUGUCCAUGACAUGCAUGCGUUACGUCGAGGGUAUGCAGGGUAGCGCGAGUAACAGCCUGAGCGAGUGCCUGGAGAACAUCAAUCCACCGUCCUUGUUUAAUGAGGUGACUGAAAUGGAUGAAACCACUAUGGAGGCAGCCACCGACACCAUGUGCAGCGACACCCUGUGUAUAGAUAUGGAGUUGAAUACCGAUGAAGCUGUGCACUCAAUCGUGGCGGAGGUGAUUGACGAAGCGGAGAACGACACCGACGAGGCAGCCACGCCGAUCUCGUCCGAGUACUGCGUCAGCAGCUCGGCGGAAUCGACGCCAAAGAGGCGACCACACUCGAGGAGUUACUUGACUCCGAAGCAAAAGCGGAACCUAGCGAAAGAGAGGUACAAAACGUACACCAUUGCAGCAGAGAUUGUCAAGAAAGAAGAGGAGGAACGCCGGAGACAAGACAGCACUGUCAACGGUGCCGCGGGUGAUAGAAUUCCACGCGGAAAGUGUUCUCCUUUCUCGAAACUGACGCCAAAGCAACGUAGACAAGAGAAUAGAGCGAGAUUCCAGACGCAAGUGUUGGAGAAUCCCUUCCCGAAUCUCAAUGUAGCCCAAACUAAGGAGGAAGCGGUGCACAAGGUGGCUGCUGAAGAUGCCUUUGAGAAACAGGAAUCCACGUUCCCGGUCAAGUCCUCGAUUCCUACGUUCACUAAAUUGCCUGUGUGCAAGGCUCUGAGGAAAAAACGGAAUUCGCAGGAGAACAAAGAGAGAUAUCGCACAAGGACGUUGGACGAUUCGGAAACCGUAUUCAAGGAGAUCGAGCGCAAUUCCUCUUCGAGCGUCGGCACGACGGAAGAGGGACAGGCGAGCGCGCAAGGAUACGCGCGGGAGGAAAUUCAAAACAUGCUAGAACAGAAUGCCACCAUUGUGCUGAACACUCUAAACGAGUCGAGCAAAGUUAAUGAUUCAACCGGAGACGACAUUCUGCAUUGCGAGACCGUCACUUUGGCGUCAAACGAUUAUGAGUCGGAUCGCAAUCUAAGAAUGCGUUUCGUAAACGGGCUUUCGAAAAAACUGAUGGGUACGCAAAACCUUAACAACAUUCCCAUGGCAAACAUCGGUAAUGAGGAGUUGGAGCAUGAGCACGUAGAAGUUGCUUACGAGAACCCAGAAGAGUCAGGUAGCGACGAGGAGUCCAAUUGCGCCGAUGAGGGACAGGAACUCAGAGAGAUGAAAAGACCGCGGAUAAUCAAGCCGGGAAUGACGGGUCGAGAUCCGAGCGCGGAUUCGAACGGGACAGAUAAAUCCGAGCCGGAAAGCCCGAAAGCUAUUCGAGGACGAAGAAAGGUGCUCUAUUCCAACCCAAUAACGCGAAAGCCGACCCCGCAGUCCUCGCCAUUGAAGCAAGCAAGCCCUGUCAUCAGCGGGAUACCGAUAGGUCGCAGCAACACUUCACCCAUUGUUAGAGCUACUAGAGCCACCACUUUACGGCAGAAUAACAACAGUACGACAAUUACUGCAAGAGACACUCCGAAGUCCAACACAAGUCCGAAGAGAGUAUCGCCUUCUACGGAUGCGGAGAAGAAGGCACGAAAUUUGGCGGCUGUGUCUAAGAGAGCCUCCGUACCUCAAAAGGGAUCCACGUUGACUUUCACAAAACCUGCUAAACGUCACAGUACACCCCCGGCUUGUUCGUCAAACUACCAGAAUGACAGCAGACCACCGGAGGCUCCGGUCAGACUGCUGGAGCGUCAAGGAACCUUUACGAAGGACGAGCCGGAAGUGGAGAACGCCCCGACAGUGCAUUCCGCGUCUGCUUCUCCGAUAAAAACGAAAAUUGCCAAACCGAUCAAGGGCGCUUCAUCGAAGGUAUACCCGACAGCGGGAAAAUCCAAAAUCUCCGUGAAGGUGCAGCAAGAGUAUCAGCCAAAGGUGACGACGGUCAGCUCCGAAAAGAUGCCACCGUCUAAAGGAUUAUUAGUGGUGCCGAAGAAAGUAUCAUCUGGAAAAAUUGGCGUGCCAACGAAAGUCUUCAACGGCAACGCGCUCCAGAACGACAAAACCGUUCGAAGGGUCGAUCCACUGGAACAACGAUCUAACAGCAACUCCAACAUAGUCUCCAAUUCAUCUGUGAGCGUACAAAACCGCAAGUUGGCAAAGGAGGCAACGAGCAAGAUUGCGAAUCUUUGGAAGAAGGUCGAGGAGAGCAAGAAUAAGCAGCGUUUCGAGAAACCGGACACCAGGCAAUGGAUAAAGCCCGUCAAUAGCGCCAGCGAGGUGGACGCUGCGACCGCGGUUGUCGCGUUCGAGAACCCGCCGGCGUACAGACUGUUCCGCAGUUCCACAUUCGAGGGGAUCUCCCAGGAGGACAGCAGCGACGGCAAUGUGUCACCGUACAAAUCUAACUCCAGCCGACCGCCGGUUUUAAGUACGCAGGUCGGACUUGGUCCUAAGUACAGGAAUUCCUGCGACCUGACAGGCAUGAGUGCCCACGAGACACCUUGCAAAAUCCCAGUGAAGUCCUCUGAAACAUAUAAGCGUGAGAUCACGCAGUUGAGCGACAUCCUGGUGACCAUGAGGAAGCAACCAAGCACCGAUCUUGCAGAGGAGGCAGACUCCACUAAGAGAAUGUCCAGGCUUGGUUCCUUCAUCAGCGUAGACCCAGCAGCUGAGAAUAGCGGCUACAGCGUCCGGAUGCCCGCUUCAGCGAUCGUGCCACCCUUCAAUUAUAACCCGAAAUCAGACAUUCCAUCGCAAGUGGCCAAACCCAAAUCGGACGAGGAUCAGAGUAAAUUCGAGACAGCGGAUUGCCACGCGAACAUAGCUACGGGGUCCACUCGGGUGACGACGGUAUAGGGAAAUAAAUCCCUAAAUGGAACGUAAAUAAGUUGUGUAAUAAUCGCCUCUUUGUUCCUGGCUAGUCAUUGUGUAUAUUCACUUGCUACUUUAUCUGUACACAUUCGUCACAUGUGAUACGCAUUACAAGUAGAUUAUUUUAUUCAUUUUCUCCUUUGUCUCGUUAUGUGUACGAUGUGUACACUUUGGAGCGCGUACAAGUCCUUCAAUAUCCAGAAUAGUUAUGGUGAUAUCCAUAAUCUCGUACGCAUCGCGAUGCCAACUUCUUCAAAACCAUGUGAAAUAUUAAUAGGAAACCUGAAGACCAUUCCUGUCCAUUUUGUCUGUUGUAUAUAUACAUGACGAUUUAGAAUAAUUCCGAGUUUGAAAGAGGAGAGCGAGAGCGAGAGCGAGAACGCGAGAGAGCGCGCGCGCGCGAGAGAGAGAGAGAGAGAGAGAGAGAGAGAGAGAGAGAGAGAGCCAGUCAGUUGAAAAUCUAUAGUGUGUAGCGGUGAUUCUGAUCGGUUAUUUAUUCAAUUUUGUAUAUAUAUAUAUGUCGAUAUGACGUGAGCGAAGAAUGUAGAAAGUUUUAGUAGCACAUGUUUAAACCCAUGUAUGAUGUGUAGCACAAUGCGCUGGUGAUACAUUGUUAGUGAUACAUCUUCGUAUUCAAGUUUGAAAGCUCGAGGAAAGCGAUCUGUAUUUUGUUUCCUUUAUAUUAAUCGAAUUCGUAUCAUCUUUCACAAAUGGAUAUAAAGUCUAAUUACUUUUGAAGACUGAUAAGUAAGACGAUGAAGAUCUGGAACAAGUGUCUUCAAUCGAAAAUUUAAUCAUAAUGAGGAAGUACCGUUUGUAGCGACUGUGAACAUAGAGCGGUCUAAGUAGUUUGCUAAAAACGGCAUUACAAUAACGGAGCAAAAAAAUUUUAUAAGCAUUACCUUAAGUUUCUAGUCUACAGGCAAUAUAUCGUCUAUUUUCAUUACAUAUUAUGUGUAUUAUAGAUAAUCUGUCUCGCUUGUAAACAGUGUCUAUUAAAAAUUGAUUCCCAUUGCGGAAGUAAAUUACUAAAGAGUGUACGGAUCGGUGAGAUCAAAAUAUUAUGCGUUUAUAUUUGACAUUAUUUUUGUCUUUCAUUGAAGAGAUUUUAUCGAUCUUACUGCAGCUUAUUCUUAAUCUCUUAUUCUUUAUAUAAUGUCAAUUUUCCUUCUAUGUGGGAAACAAAUUGUCAUCAAACUCUCAUCAGAAGGAGAUCAUUUGGCAUAUGAGUUAGAAUUUAUAUUUAUUAGUUUAAUCGAAAAACUUCUUGUACAAGCGAUUUUACCCUGUUCCAGUUCGAGUUAAUUAGAUUUAACUCCGCCAACUUGGAGCCACAUCAGGGUGUUCUUACAUUGUUCCUUAAAAAAUAUUUGAUCUGUACACUAUUACUAUUCUUGUAACUUCUUGUUUUGUAAUAUCAUUUUCACUCCAUUCUAGGUUUUAAGAAUAACUUUUGUUACAUAUCGUCUUUUAAAAAUUCGUCAAAUAUAUUUAUAGUUUGUACAUUAUUACUUGCAGUAUAAUAAAAUUUAUAGCUAAGAAUAUCCCCUCCCAUCUUUAUCAUAAUCUAAACUUGAAAGAAAUGUGUCAUCGGUUGUUUGCGGCUAAUAAACGAAAUAAACAAUGUA